AUGGCUAGCCCAGCAGAUGCUACGCCUGUGGUAGAAGCUCAGAAACGAGCAGACCAAGAGCUAAAGAACGUCGUCGAGUUCCUGAGAGGUAAACAUGGUCCAAAAGUCAGAAGAGGGAUAUUGAAUGGGAAGAGGGUGGAUUACUUCAAAGGUAAAACCGCAAUUCGUACACUACUCUCCCCUCAAUAUCAGAAGUUGAAGAAAGUACCUGUCCUCAAGACUGAAGAGGAAGCUAAAGCAUUGAUGAUAAAGCUGUUGCCCUUUGCAUUCUUCCUUCGUACCGACCGACCUCCUGCACCCGUCCCCCCACCGUCUGGUACACCCAAGACCCUCCAACUUGCCCCUCAACAAUCGUUCGAUGAGACAUCCUACUACACAUGGUUUUACGACGGUUCCCCGCUGUACACGAUCUUAGGUGGAGCAGCGAUGGUAGUCAUCAUGUUGGCCGGUGUCAUGUUCCCCCUCUGGCCCAUCAAGUUACGUAUCGGUGUAUGGUACCUAUCGAUCGGGGUGUUGAUUCUAGUAGGCUUGUUCAUCGUUUUGGCGAUAGUGAGGUUGAUCUUCUGGUGUAUCACCGUGUUGACGAUGAAAAGAGCUGUUUGGAUUUAUCCAAACUUGUUUGAGGAUGUUGGAUUUUUCGACUCAUUCCGACCCGGAUGGGCGUACGACGAGCCCAAGAAAAAGACCAAGAAGAAGAAAGCCGUGGGAGGUGUCACCCCGUCCAAGAAGUCUAGAACUCCCACGGCUGGCGGUCUGGAACCUAUCGAAGCACUGGCUCAAGCUGCAGGUGCAGGCGAGCCUCCUGCUGGAUCACCUGGAAGUCCCACCGAAGCUAGUGCGACGGGCGUACAAGUCAACCCAGCUUCUGAAAAUAACAAUCAAGGUGGAUUGAGAAGUAGACAAGCGGCGACGAUCGAGGAGAUCGAUGAUGAUGAGUCUUAG